GGAUCACUUUCCGAAUAUAUUUUUCUUCUGGCAACAUAAUAUACGUUAAAUUGUGAUGAUUGUGUUGCCGAACACGCGCCCGCACACACCGCAAUAAUACAACACAGCAAAUUAAAAAUAUGACGGAAACUGCAGACUAAGCACUGUGGUGAUCGGACCAAUACCUAUCGAAAAAUGUCUAUAUUUUAGUACGUAAUACACGUGUAACAAUAUCGUCAAUAUUAUCGAACGACAAAAUGAUGCAGGGGUUGUUGUCGAUGCUGAAGCGGUUGCGUUCGUCGCCGGACAAGGAGCUUCGCAUCCUGCUGCUGGGCCUGGACAACGCUGGAAAGACGACGCUGAUGAAGAAACUCGCGUCGGAGGACGUGUCGCACAUAACGCCCACACAGGGUUUCAACAUUAAGUCCGUGCAGGCGGAUGGCAUGAAACUGAAUGUGUGGGACAUUGGCGGGCAGCGCAAGAUAAGACCGUAUUGGCGCAACUAUUUCGAAUUCACUGACAUACUAAUUUACGUAGUAGACAGUGCAGACAGAAAACGUGUGGAUGAAACAGGAUUUGAAUUGAACGAACUGCUCAACGACGACAAAUUAUUAGGUGUACCAGUGUUGGUAUAUGCCAACAAACAAGAUUUGGCACUGGCAGCGAAAGCUUCGGAAAUAGCACAAGAACUGAACUUGCAUCUCAUUCGUGAUCGGCCGUGGCAAAUACAGGCGUGUUCAGGUAUACGCGGAGAAGGCAUCAAAGAAGGAUUGGAAUGGAUCAGUCAAAAUGUAAAAAAGAAGUAAUGAUGUUAAUUUAAUGAAUAUUUUUUUCACACUAAUUACUAUAGUUUGUUUCAUAGGUAUAUGUAAGAAUUACUAAUUAGUGUAAUAUUUUAUUAUCAUAAUAUUUUUUUAAACAUGUAAAAUAUAUAAAAAUAAAUAAAUAAUAUAUUAUAUAUUUAAAAUACGUUUUUGCUUAUAUCUAUCCCUGCUAUAUUCUAUACAGUAUAAUAUUAUGUUAGUUUAAGUGUAUAAUAAACUAUUACUAUGUGUACUAUACUACCUACAACUCUUAUAGCUGAAUAUUUUACUGAUGAAAGACUAAUGUUUUAUGAUUAAAAUUAAAUAAUUAUUUGACUUCUCUGAAGUCAAUAAAUCUUGGUAAAACAUCAAAACAAUAAUAAAUAAUAAUUAUUACUAGAAUUUGAUUUAUUUUAACAUUUCACAAAGACAUUGCAUCGGUGUAGGUAGGUACCUAUUAUAUGCAUUUCCUAAAAUAACUUAUACGUAGGUAAAUACGUGCAUUUGUAUUGCCUUUUAUGUCAGCGUGUUCAUUUUUAAAAUACAUUCAAAAUUAUAAAGAAAUAUUUGACUGCGUAUAUUAGAUUGAUUUGUAAAUCGCUUAUGAACAAUUAGUAUUCAUUUAAUAGUUUGUGAUAAAAAUAGUUUGGAUCGUCAUUGACAAGUGCAUCACUAUAGAAUCGAAAAAAAAUUGAUUUAUUGAGUACAUACCUAUUAUUAUUUAUCUCGUUGCGUUGUAUAAUAACAUCAAAAACAACGGUACACAAAUAAUUUAAUCAUAUAUUAUAGAAAACGAAUUACAAUAUCAAUUGAAUAUUCUAUGGAGCUAUUAAUUGGUGAACCAAUAUACACUUUAUCGAUAAUAAAAUAUUGUGUUAGCUUUUUUGCCAUUAGGACGGUGUAUUAUCAACAAACGG